ACUGCCUCCGUCACCAUUCAGAGCUCUCACCUUGGACCGUAAACUCACUCUUGGAGGAAGAUCAAGUCUUCAGUGAGAAGAGUGGCAACAGAAACAUGCACCUAGAGAACAAAGACGGCAGGCUGACCUCUGGUGUGCUGGAGAUGGAGACACAUCAGACAUCAGCUCCCAUGAGUGCUGGCCUAGGAGGGCCGGGGCUGGUGGGGCUCAACACCAGCAACCAUAGGCCACAGCAGGGAGACAGCAAGGUAGACUCCCUGAACCCCUACCCCAGUGGGGCAUCUGGGCAGAGCUGCUGGGCUCCUGUGGACCAGGAUUUUGGCUCAUUCCUCGCGGAGUGGAGGUCUCACCCUCCUUUCCCCCAGUUCUUCAGCUCCAGUUCUAAAGACCCCUGCUUUACAGAAAACACACCUCUGCUGAGGAAUUUCUCACAAGAGAAAGGGUCACGGUGUGUGCCCGUUUACCACCCAGAGUUCAUCACUGCUGAAGAAUCUUGGGAGAACAGCUCAGCUGAGUGGGAGGGCGGAUCCCUGAUGAGCAGAGAGUUGGUAGGUUCCUCUGGAUCCGCCUCCUCAGAGAAGGGGGAGCUUCUGGACAGCGCUCACAUCAGGUUCCGUCUUUCCAAGUUGAGGUGCUGUGUGAGGUGGCUGAAAGUCACGGGCUUAUUUGUCUUUGUGGUGCUGUGCUCAAUUUUAUUUAGCCUGUAUCCAGAUCAAGGAAAGUUCUGGCAGUUGCUGGCUGUGUCACCGCUGGAAAGCUACUCUGUGAACCUCAGCAGCCAUGCAGACUCCAUGCUGCUCCAAGUGGACCUGGCAGGGGCCCUGGUGGCCAGUGGCCCAAGUCAUCUCGGGAGAGAAGAGCACGUGGUGGUGGAGGUGACCCAGGCUGAUGCUCCAGGCUCCAGGCGGUGGCGGCCACAGCAGGUCACUCAUAACUGGACGGUGUUUUUAAAUCCAAGCAGAAGUGAGCGCAUGGUGCUGAGCAGGACCUUUGAGGUUCUGAGCAGAGAGCCUGUUUCCAUCAGCGUUCGAGCCUCCCUCCAGCAGACCCAGGUUGUUCCUCUUUUGAUGGCUCAUCAGUACCUCCGCACAAGCGUUGAAGCACAAGUGACCAUUGCCGCGGUCAUUCUUGCUGGGGUCUACGUGCUGAUUAUAUUUGAGAUUGUUCACAGAACACUGGCAGCCAUGUUGGGUUCCCUUGCGGCAUUAGCAGCACUGGCUGUGAUUGGAGAUAGACCUAGCCUGACCCACGUGGUGGAGUGGAUUGAUUUCGAGACUCUGGCCCUGCUGUUUGGCAUGAUGAUCUUAGUAGCCAUAUUUUCAGAGACUGGAUUUUUUGAUUAUUGUGCUGUAAAGGCAUACAAAGUGUCCCGGGGAAGAGUGUGGGCCAUGAUCUUCAUGCUGUGUCUCAUUGUCGCCAUCCUUUCUGCCUUCCUGGACAACGUCACCACAGCGCUCCUCUUCACUCCCGUGACCAUAAGAUUGUGUGAGGUGCUCAAUCUUGAUCCAAGACAAGUCCUGAUUGCAGAAGUGAUCUUCACAAAUAUUGGAGGAGCUGCCACUGCCAUUGGGGACCCACCAAAUGUCAUUAUUAUUUCCAACGAGGAGUUGAGGAAAAUGGGUCUGGACUUCGCUGGGUUCACCGCACACAUGUUUGCUGGGAUUUGCUUCGUUCUCUUGUUCUCCUUUCCACUCCUCAGACUACUUUACUGGAACAAAAAGCUGUAUAACAAGGAACCCAGUGAGAUUGUUGAACUGAAGCAUGAGAUCCAUGUCUGGCGCCUUACUGCACAGCGCAUCAGCCCAGCCAGCCGUGAGGAGACAGCAGUUCGAGGUCUGCUCCUGGGGAAGGUGCUGGCACUGGAGCGCUUGCUGGCCCGAAGGCUGCACAGUUUCCACAGACAGAUCUCACAGGAAGAUAAAAAUUGGGAGACCAAUAUCCAGGAGCUACAAAGAAAGCACAGGAUAUCAGACAGGAUUCUGCUCGCCAAAUGCCUGACAGUGUUGGGAUUUGUUAUCGUCAUGUUCUUUCUCAAUUCAUUUGUCCCUGGUGUUCAUCUUGAUAUUGGGUGGAUUGCUAUUCUGGGUGCUAUCUGGUUGCUAAUUUUAGCUGAUAUCCAUGAUUUUGAGAUAAUUCUACAUAGAGUAGAAUGGGCAACCCUUCUAUUCUUUGCAGCACUCUUUGUUCUGAUGGAGGCAUUGGCACAUCUCCACUUAAUAGAGUAUGUUGGAGAACAGACUGCUUUGCUAAUAAAGAUGGUCCCAGAAGAUCAGCGCCUUGCAGCUGCCAUCAUCUUGGUGGUCUGGGUCUCAGCCAUCGCAUCAUCCCUGAUUGACAACAUACCAUUCACUGCUACCAUGAUUCCUGUGCUCCUGAACCUGAGCAGAGACCCUGAGGUCAGCCUGCCUGUGCCACCGCUCAUGUAUGCCCUUGCCCUCGGCGCCUGCCUGGGAGGUAACGGGACACUGAUUGGAGCAUCCGCAAAUGUGGUUUGUUCAGGAAUUGCAGAGCAGCAUGGAUAUGGAUUCUCUUUCAUGGAAUUUUUCAGGUUGGGCUUCCCAAUGAUGGUUGUCUCCUGCAUGGUUGGGAUGUGUUACCUCCUUGUUGCUCAUGUCGUGAUAGGAUGGAAUUAGUAGAUAUACAAUGUGUGAAGACUGAGGGAAUCUUGACCCAUCACCAACAUCAGUAGAAUACUACCCCAAAACCACUCUUUGGAGAAGAAAAGGUGCUUACCAUGGAGGUGUUCUGGAAUGGACACCUUUGCUAUCCACACUCUUAUUUGGGUGAAGCUGGCAAAUUGUGGUAAAUACAAGAUAACUUACACAAGAUUCUACUACAGGAAAAUAUGUAUAUCUCAAAAUACAUCUAGCUAUGCUCUGUAGGAAAAGACACAAAUUCAAUAAUUCACUCCAAAUGGCUUGUGUUGUUUAAAUAUCACUUCUCCUGAGGCUAUCAAUAGUUUUUCUUCAUGUAAUCACUUUUCAUGUUAAAAUAAUGAGCAUGCAAAUUGUAUACCCUCUGAAUGCAUACUUUUCUUGGGAAGGGCAUACAAUUUGUAAGGAAACAUUAUAUGUAUUAAAAAAAAAUACUGCCCCUUGACAAAGGGUCUUAGAAUUUGUUAGUCUCUUACUUUUUAGUAGUUUACAUUAUAUAAAAUUGCAUUUUAUUCAUUAAUGUUUUUCUCUGAGUUUUUAAGUCAUCAAUUAAAAGUCCAGAUAUUUGACUUGCAGAAAUCGUAAGUGCUUUUUAAAAAUAGCAUUGUAAAUAUUACCAACCUGGAAUAAUAACCUUCAGUUUUGAAGGUGGUGUAUUGCUGUUUCUAUCAAUUACCCCAAAGUGUGGUCAAUACAUUCAGCUCUGCACACCUGCUGGGCUCCAGUGGUGCAGUCAACGCUUACUAAAUGCUAUUCUUUUGUGGAACAUUAAACAUGAAGCAAGGACAAUGAGAGCAAAGAGCAAGAGGGAGCUGGGCUUCAGCUGAGGCCUCAUCUGCUCUGCUUGAUCAAUACCAUGGCUAUACCUCAGACAACAAACCUCUUCUUCAGUUUCGGUCUACUGUGUGUGAUACCUUGAGAUGAGAUUAAGAAAAAGAAGAUGUUUACUGGAGACUCUGCUCAGAAGCAAUAGUUGUAUAAAGUAUCUGAUUUCGAAACGUUUAAGAUCCUCAGGGCACCAAGAACUAAAAUGUAGGAGAUCCCAUUUCUGUCCCUGGAACCCUCAGGGUAGGUGUACCCUUUCUAUAGUUUAGAGUCUAUAUUUGUAAAGUGACAACCAGAAAGGUGAGGAGAAAGUUUAUGAAAAUAUGUCCUUUAGCUUCAUGAGCUAUCUUUGAAUUUCUUGUCAGCAAAAGUGACAAAGAGCCCCAUUUUUGUUUUAAAAUCUGGGUUGAGGAAGUCACAGAAACUGCAUGUGCACCUGACUCACUGCUCAAGUGAAGCCCUUGCUCCCCAGUCUUUCCAGGAAAGGAGCCCUGCCAGCAUUCCAGUUCUGCUUCCUUUUCAUGUUGCCUCACUGAAGCUUCGAUGCCCUGAGUCCUUCCACCAAAAGGCUUUGCUUUCUCUUUUCCCACAUGUUUCCAUGCCUGGAGGUGGUGUUGGCACCUUUCUUGUGGCCAGAUGCUGCUCCUAAUUCAUGUCUGUUCUCUCCUCCCUCAGUAUCUCUUCCCCUGUGGUGCACAACCUCUACCUCUCCUCCUCCCAUCUCAGC